AUGGGUAAGUGGAGAGGAAACUCGGUUCUGGUGGACGAUCAUACUUAUGAUAUCGACACUUUUUGUUGUGAAUGUCGAGAAUGUAGUGAUAGCGAAAAUAGAAAAAGUAAGUUAAAACGUUGUCAGGGAGCAUUUUCUGUUCACUACGACGAGGGCUUAGGUUAUGGAGGCUCAACACAGUUUAACCAAUGUGAUUUAUCUGUUCCAAUUGGUGAAGGAGAUUUUUGUCAGCACUGUAAAGGUCAAACGGAAACCUAUCAACAGUUAAGGGCUAGAAUAAAAGCCGAGGAAAAGCAAAUUUUCGAAAACUUUUGCCAAGCCCAGAAAAAAGCCCAAAAUUAUUGA